AUGCUCCUCCCACUGCUUGUCUCCGCCGCUGCCACAGCCGACACCUCUGACCACGAGCUCGCGCAGCGGCUCAAGCUGUCGCUCUGGCAGCGCGGAGUGUUGGAGUGCGGUGCCGACGGCUGUGGAGCGAGCUCUGCGGAGUUCCCGCGCCUCGCCGCCACCUGGCUUUCUCAGCAGCACCUUCCCAUCGUCCGGCUUCGGGGCGGCGCCGACGGGUGCGGCGGCACGUCGUGCGAACCGCCCUCGGCCAGUCUCGAUGCCCUGCGCGCGGAGCUGGGCGAAGAGUUUGCCGCAGCGCUUGACCAGAAUGAAGCGGACCACGCCGACGACUGUGCAGCUAGCUGCGAGUCCUUCUACUGCGGUCCGGGCGCGCAGCUGCCGGCCGGAGCGGCCGAGGCGCGGUCCCACUCGAUGGGGUCCGACUUCGCCGACGCCUUCAAGUUCCCGCUCGAUCUGAUCCGCGUGACGGCCAGCCCGCUAAUCCCGCCCGAUGAGGCGGAGGCGGCAGUCGCGGUCGCCAACGAGGAAGGGAUGAGCAGCAACGAGUACGCUUCUGGAAAGUACAAGCUCGGCGGAGACUGGGUCAAGAAGAUGCCACGCACCCGCGCCUGGUUCCAGCUCGCUUUUGGCCGGCGGCGGCUGGGCUGUGACCGGCGCCUCUGCACGCCUCCUGCCUUUGCGGGUAGGUUCAACUCGCGUCUGGAGUCGCUCAUCUUUCCUACGAUCGCCGCGCUGUUCCCCGAGAUUGUCUCCUCCGCCUCCGUGCUGCGCGCACACUCCGUGGCGAUACUCAAGUACAACUCGAGCCACCCGCGCACGGAUGUCCACGUCGACGACGGCUCGAGAGCGACAGAGAGCCAUGCCGUUCACAAGCUCGGCCCGCGCGACGCAGGCAUCCUCGCCAUGACGCUCGCCCUCUCGCCGCGCGCAAACUACACCGGCGGAGGCACCUUCUUCGAGCACCUCGGCGAAGGGUCUGUCCUGCCGAUGGAGCAGGGCCACUGCACCUUCCGGCCGGGCUCGGUGCGGCACGGCGGCCACCCCGUCACGGCGGGCGAGCGGUACAUCCUCGGCGCCUUCUUGCUCAUCGAGGACCGCGUCGAGCACGUCCGCCGGCUGCAGAACCAGGGGCGUGCUGCGCGGGGCCGCGGCGACCUCGCGAGGGCGAGGCGGCUCUUCAAGUGGGCGCUCAAGCUCAACCCUCGCUGCGCGACGUGCCUCAAGAAUUGGGCCGAGGCCAUCACGGCGCAGGCGAGCGGCGGGCCGCUGUCGCCCGCGCUGGCCGACGCGGCGGAGGAGAAGCUGCGCCGCAGCCUCGCGCUGCUCCCCGAGGACAGCGACGCCUGGUACUCGCUGGGUAGGGUGCUGAGCGAGCGGGGGAACAGGGAGGGGGCGGUGGAGGCGUACCGCCGCUCGCUCGCUAUCACGAGCGACGACGCCGAUGCCUGCUUCAACCUGGCGGUGCUCGUCGGCGACGGCGGCGACGCCAGCGAGGAGAUCGCGCUGCUGCGGAGGGCGCUCUCCGCCAAGCCGGACCACGGCCAGGCGUGGGGCAACCUCGGCGUCGCCCUCGCGUCUGCCGGCGACCUCGACGCGGCGGAGGAGCCUUUCCACAACGCCGUGCGCUUCGACCCGAGCGCGAAAAACUGGAUCAAUCUGGCCAGGCUGCACCAGGCGAAGGGGCGGGCGCCACAAGCAAAGGCGGCCAUGGCGGAGGCGCAGGCGCUAGGGGGCGCGCGACAGAGCUGACACGCAAGUACUCUACUCUCUAGUGGAGCGCGGCGCGGCGCAUAUGCGGACGCGCAUGGUGCCACCCAGUAAUGCACUCGGCAGCUGAGGGGAGGUCUAUCCCCUACCACGUACGAGUAAGUUAGCAGUUACCAGAACAGCAGCUCCAUAUGACAGCAGCCCCCGCGCGGCACCCGGUCCGGUUCUCUCGCGCCAAAUGGCGCACAAGAGUGUGCUGUGUGGGGGGGUUCUUUUAUUUUUAAGUCUUCUAAAUCCU